AUGGCCCCGUGGCUGCAGCUCUGUUCCGUCUUCUUCACAGUCAACGCCUGCCUCAACGGCUCACAGUUGGCCGUGGCUGCGGGCGGUUCGGGACGCGCUCGGGGCGCGGACACCUGCGGCUGGAGGGGAGUGGGGCUGGCCAGCAGAAACAGUGGGCUGCACAACAUCACCUUCAGAUAUGACAACUGUACCACUUACUUGAACCUGGUGGGGAAGCACGUGAUUGCCGACGCCCAGAACAUCACCAUCAGUCAGUACACUUGCCACAACCAAGUGGCUAUCACCAUUCUUUGGUCUCCAGGGGCCUUAGGCAUUGAAUUCCUAAAAGGAUUCCGGGUGAUACUGGAGGAGCUGAAGUCAGAGGGAAGACAGUGCCAACAACUGAUUCUAAAGGACCCGAAGCAGCUCAACAGCAGCUUCAAAAGAACCGGAAUGGAAUCUCAGCCUUUCCUGAAUAUGAAAUUUGAAACGGAUUACUUUGUAAAGAUUGUCCCCUUUCCUUCCAUUAAAAAUGAAAGCAAUUACCACCCCUUCUUCUUCAGAACCCGUGCCUGUGACCUAUUGCUACAGCCAGACAACCUGGCCUGCAAACCCUUCUGGAAGCCUCGGAACCUUAACAUCACCCAGCAUGGGUCAGACAUGCAGGUGUCCUUUGACCACGCGCCCCACAACUUUGGCUUCCGCUUCUUCUACCUUCAUUACAAACUCAAGCAUGAAGGACCCUUUAAACGGAAGACCUGUAGACAGGUGCUAAGAGGCUUUGACCGUGGUGGCCCAACUCAGUGCCCUGUUCAUGACAUGUCCAUGACAUUCUCUGUUUUGCAGCUGGUGGAUGACACUAACACAACACGAAAAGUGAUGCACUAUGCCUUAAAGCCAGUGCAUUCCCCAUGGGCCGGCCCCAUCAGAGCCAUUGCCAUCACGGUGCCGCUGGUCGUCAUAUCGGCAUUCGCCACGCUUUUCACCGUCAUGUGUCGCAAGAAGCAACAAGAAAAUAUAUAUUCACAUUUAGAUGAAGAGAGCUCAGAGCCCUCCGCAUACGCUGCAGGACUCCCCCGAGAGAGGCUCCGGCCACGGCCCAAGGUCUUCCUCUGCUAUUCCAGUAAAGACGGCCAGAACCACGUGAAUGUUGUCCAGUGCUUCGCGUACUUCCUGCAGGACUUCUGCGGGUGUGAGGUGACUCUAGACCUGUGGGAAGACUUCAACCUCUGCCAAGAAGGACAGAGAGAAUGGGUCAUUCAGAAGAUCCAUGAGUCCCAGUUCAUCAUUGUGGUCUGUUCCAAAGGCAUGAAGUACUUUGUGGACAAGAAGAACUAUAAGCACAAAGGAGGUGACAGAGGCACAGGGAAAGGAGAACUCUUCUUGGUGGCCAUGACAGCCAUCGCGGAGAAGCUCCGCCAGGCCAAGCAGAGUGCCACGGCGCUCAGCAAGUUCAUUGCCGUCUACUUUGAUUACUCCUGUGAGGGAGACAUCCCUGGCAUCCUGGACCUGAGCACCAAGUACAAACUCAUGGACAACCUCCCACAGCUCUGUUCCCACCUGCACUCCCGAGACCAACUCCUCCAGGAGCCAGGGUAUUACCCCAGACACGUCAGUAGGCGGAACUACUUCCGGAGCAAAUCGGGUCGGUCGCUUUAUGUCGCCAUCUGCAACAUGCACCAGUUCAUUGAUGAGGAGCCUGACUGGUUUGAGAAGCAGUUUGUUCCCUUCCCUCCUCCCCGCCUCCGCUCCCGGGAGCCGGUGUUGGAGAAGUUUGACUCUGGCUUGGUUUUGAAUGACGUCGUAUGCAAACCCGGGGCCGAGAGCAGUUUCUGCCUGAAGGCUGAGGCGGGCAUUCUUGGGGCGGCCAUGUUGUCCAGCUCCCACUCAGGGAGUCAGCAUCUAGGCCUGGACGAAGACACGGAGGCCCGGACCACUCCUGAGGGCAGCUCGGUCCUGCGGCCCUUGCUGCACAUGGUGAAGACCACCAGCCCUUCGGACAUGCCCCGGGACUCAGGCAUCUACGAUUCCUCCGUGCCUUCAUCUGAGCUGUCCCUCCCUCUGAUGGAAGGACUGUCGACAGACCAAACAGAAACCUCUUCCCUGACAGAGAGUGUGUCUUCCUCCUCAGGCCUGGGUGAGGAGGAGCCUCCUGCCCUUCCCUCCAAGCUCCUCACCUCUGGGGUGUGCACAGCAGAGCUCGAGUGCCACAGCUACACUGAUGAACUGCAUGCAGUCGCCCCUUUAUAA